AGGGCCACAGCAGAUAAUUAAGUUAAAAACCUUUUAGCAGUUUAUCCUGUAAGGCUUUUGACUUUUUUUAUCAUUUGUAAUGGUAUCAAGCUCCGGUAAAAAAAACAAACAGAGGAAGUCAUCUGAUAACUUUGUUUUCAAACAAAUACCCCAGGUAGCCUCUGGAAAUGUCAGGAAAUGUGUAAAGGCAUAAAUAUGGGGUAAGACAACUUGUGUUGUCCCAUACAUAAACCAAAUCAUUUUUUGCCCACCGGAGGAACAAAGACUGUUAAGAGAUUAAUAAUUUCUGACAUUCUGAGAAGAAAAUAACAGUUCUGGCAUUUUUGUCAGCUUUCUAAGAAAUGUUUGUUAAAAUUUAUAACUUUUUCUCUGCUUUCUGACUUUAAUUUUAAAUUUUUGAGAAAAUAAUUUGUCAUUUUGUAAUUUUUGUUUAUCAAUCUUUGUUUUGUAGAAAUAUUCUUCACUUUCACUGAUUGUCCAGCAGGGGGCAGUGUAAGGGAUGAGUCAGGGGUCAUUGCAGUGAUUUAUGAGCAUCCUACCAAAUCAUUCCAAACUAACUGAACACGAAAAGAUCAUUUUCAAACAUCUCCUUCAGUGAACGAGUGGAGAACAUUUUUAUUUGUUUAAAUCUAGUUUUAAACAUUUAAAGCUGUAAGAACCAGUGUCAGUGAAAACUGCUUUAACUUGUUGAUCUUCCUUUGAAGAAUAAUCAUCUUGUUGUUGCUCAGGCUCUGCCGGUCGGGGUCAAAGGUCAAAGGCCUGAGCGCCUCGUGCCCAAACAGCCCGGCGUUACUCUGACUUUCAUUUCCCACACGCACGCCGUACGUGGAGGAGAACAUUCCACGGCAGCAGAGAGCCGGGCGGUGUGGACAUCCUGAGGAAACAACACUCACUUCCUGUCAAAUUAGGCCGAGCCGAUGGCUGCGAGGGGCGAUAACCGCCGCCGCAGAGGGGCCGAGCCAGAGCACCACCUUAGUGUGCGCUCCCACCCACAAGCAGCCCCCCGUGCAAACGUCAGGCAGCUUCAGUCUGAAGUUUGUUCUCCUGCAGMGCAGACAGGAUGGGCCUCCUGCUACUGCUCGCCUCCUCGCUCCUCUGCAGCUGGAGACCAGUGGCUGCAGAUCAACACUUCCGGAUACAAGGGGUGAGCCUGACCAUCCAGCCCGGGUCRGAGGUGCGGCGGGGCACCAACGUGACCCUGAGGUGUCAGGCCAAGGUGAUGGUUUCACAUCCGGAGCUGCCGCUGAGGCGCGACUAUGUCAUGUACAAGGACGAGCAGGUGGUCUACAGGAAGGCCACCAGCUCCACUGAGGAUUUUGUGUACCCCCUGCCCGAUGCCAGAGUGUCCAACACCGGCAAGUACAAGUGCAGCAUCCAGAUCCAGGACCAGCAGAUGACCAGUGGAACUCAGAAGCUCACAGUGACAGGCCUGUCGCUGCCCKUCAUCCACCUCAACGAGACCACCGUUACGGAGGGCCAGGAUGUAACGGCCACCUGCGAGGCUCCGGGAGAGACAGGCUCCUUCUACUUCCACUUCUUCGACGGCUCCGGGGAGCUCCACGAGGAGCGCAUCAGCUCCAACCGGGUGGAGGCCAAGCUCCGCCUGAAAACUGUGGGCAGACACGGGGUCCACUGCAACUACACCGUGGUCCUCAUGCCCAAGUCUGUGGACUCAGGGAACAGCAUCACGUAUAACGUUACUGUCAAAAAACUUUCCAUCGCUCCGGUUCUGGAUAUUUCCCCUCUGGAUAACGUUUACGAAGGAGACAAUCUGACCAUCAGGUGCUCGUCUGAGACGGAUGAGAGUUUUAAAACGGUCGGCCUCAUCCUGAGCCAGGGCACCAAGCUGCUGAGCAGCAGGAACUCGUCCUCUCCCAUAGAGCACCACAUGAAGGCAGAGGCCACGCCCCCGACGCUGACCUUCGAGUGCACGCUGAUCGUGGAAAACGUGGUGAAAGUCGCCACGCAGAACGUCUCUGUGAUGGACCUGUUCUCCGUACCGACGCUCACCAUGUCUCCACGUGAAGUCUUCCAGGGAGAACCGAUGACGCUGACCUGCAGGAGUGAGAGGGUGGCCCCCGACAGACUCAGCAGACUAGAUCUGGUUUACAGUCUCGAUCCAGCCGAGCACUUUGUGACCGCAACACAACCCGGAGUGUUUUCUCGCACGGCCAUGAAAAGRGACUUCAGCUACACGUGCACAGCUGAGGCCAAAGGCAUCAAGAAGCGCAGCGAAGCCCUGACUGUGCGUCCUAAAGUUCACGUCUCGGUUCCAGAGAUCUGGGUGAAUGAAAGGGUGAUCUUGGGGAAAUCUUUCUCCAUCUUCUGUGAGUCGAAAUCAGGCAGUCUGCCCAUCACCUACACCCUGUGGAAGGGCACCAACCACAUCAAGACCUUCACCGUGGYCCUGAUGAGGCAACAGGCUUAUUUCCACGUCACCAUCAACCACACCAAAGACAUCAGCAUGUACGAGUGUGAGGCGAGCAAUGGAGGCAGGAGGAUCCAGCGAAGUGACACGCUUAAUAUAACCGCCAUAGAACCCGUGGACAAGCCGAGCCUGCUGGUGGUACCUGACCUGGCAGACAUCUCUGAGGGAAGUGAUCUCCACCUCAUAUGUAGCGUACAGGGCACUCCGCCCAUCACGUUCUGGUGGUACCGUGAAGGACAAAAGGAACCACUGGGCUCCUCCACCUCCGAUCACAACCAUGCCAACUACCACUUCACCGUGUCGUCCAAAGAGCAGAGCGGCAGGUACUACUGCAUGAUGCAGAACCGUGCCGACAACACGGUGGAAAGUGACCGGGUGAACAUCGAGGUCCGCAUGGUGUUAUGGAAGAAAGCUCUGAUCGGGGGCUUCCUCCUGCUGCUGGCGUCCAUCGUCAUCUUGGUGGGCUGUGUGUUGUACUUCAAAAGAAAGAGAGGUAAAAGAGAAAUGGCUGCUGAGCUGUCAGUAAAGCCUGCGAGCCCUAAAUCAGAUGACUCUUUAGCAGUGACUCUAUCCCACGACACAGAGGUUUUUAACGCAGCUGCAGGGCCAGUGGUUGGAGCUGUGGAAAGUGUGUGGAGUCAUAGGAAACCUGAAUCAGAAAUCGACGAGUUCAGCACCGUGUCCAACGAGCCUGAGGUGGAGUACACAGAGGUGGUUCAUCCACGGUCGGCUGGCCCAACCAGAGCUACUCCUCCGAGGAAAGGAACGGACACGGUUUACAGCGAGCUGCAGAACUCUGCUCAUGGUGCUGCUGAUCAUCAUGACUAUGGUUCGGUGAAGUACACCGAGGUGAACGGUGAACAGCCCGAGAUCAGUCAGAACCGCUUGGAGGGCAACAACUGCUCAGACCUGCCGGUGCUGGUGGAUUAACCAGGAGAAGUGAACGUAAGGCUGGGUUACCUGUUACCUGUAACCCCUCAGACUGAAGGUGUCUCUUGGAGAAGAAGAAGAAGAAGAAGAAGAAGAAGAAGAAGAAGACCUACUCACCUUUUCUUUGGAUUAACAAAGAACGUCUCCUGCUGUGAUGUUUAUUUUUCCCUCUCGUUCACUCCGUCCCUUCAACAGAAACCUCACCAGUUAGUUUCCUGUCUAACAACAGGCUGCAGAAAAGAUGUAAAUAUUUUUCACAUUCAAUAAAAACCUUGAAACUCUUUUUAAA